AUGAGGAUUGGCAGAGGGGAAGUUGUGAAGCUUUGUGCUUUCCUGGGAAGAGAUCUGACAGAUGAAGCCAUUGAUCAUGUUGUGGAGAUGUCCACCUUCAAAAGCAUGAAGACCAACCCCAAAGCAAACUACAAGGACUUGGUUGAAACCAACCACUACAAGACGGAAACCAUGCGCAAAGGUAUAGCAGGUGACUGGAAGAAUGUCUUCACAGUGGCCCAGAAUGAACAUUUUGUCAACGUGUUCAAGGAGAAGAUGAACAACUUGCCGCUGACCUGCCUCUGGGAGAUUAAAGAAUAG